AACAGUCCACGUCGUUGCGGGGCACAGUUCCUCUCAACAGGCAACGGAGUCGACGUCCGGGGUUGGGUGGAGUGACCGGGGCAGAACUCAGUGUGCCGGUCCACCCGAAAUUCUCCCGGCAAAGUCGUCAAAAAGGAAGCGCGGGUCUGCAAAGAAGUGCCCGCAGGAAAUCGUCCUGAGGCAGAGCCCCAGUCUCGGGAUGAACUGCCCGCGUUCCAGAGAUAACAUGAACUCGCUGCCCGCUGCGAGGACGUGACCUGCGACGGCAGAGAAUGGGCUUCCUACGCUGCCGAGGCGGGGCUUCUCUGGUCGCCCCGCAACGUGCUUCAGCGCGGACACGCGGUGUUCUGCGUUUGCCACGUACAAACGUCGUUUCUUCUUCACGAUUCUUCUGUGUCUCUCCUUCGCAUCGAUCGAUGUUCGUUGGAUUGCGGAGAAGACUCGAGUUCUCGCGAUUUGUCCUUUCUAUUCCGUGCUUCUCUUCUGCUUACCUUUCACCCGGAGAGCUUGGAGCUGGGCGGAGAUUCCCGAAUUAUAAUGUCACACCCCUCUGGUAGACGAUUGAGCCAAUUCAACCGAUUCAAACUGAGGAGUAGUAAUCUGUGGAGGCAGGCUUCAACGGCCCACAACAGUCGCUAAUGAUUUCUAGGCUUACGGUUCCUCAAGUGAAAACACGAUGAUCUCCAAGCACCAGGCAGUUUGCAAACGUUAAAUAUAUCAGAAUAAGUGUAGGGACUGAAAAUUAUACAAUCGGAUACAAGUGUUCAAGUCGGAGAUUUUGGAGGACUUGCAGAAGGCUUAUGGAGGUUCACGAAUGUAUACGAAUCAGCUUACAUCGACCUUGGAUGAGAGGAAUUCAGGUCUCGUAUCCUUGACGGUUACGAAGAGACAGAGUACGGACACGAUGGUGAUGGAUGCGGUAAGGAUAUCUGUGGUCCCGGGUUUACUGGCGAGGGUACAUUCCUUGAUGAAACUCUGCCAGGAAGUCCCAAUACAUCAAUAUAGAUGUCAAGUUUUGGGUUUGCACUUAAGCGGGCUGAUACCUUUUCUUCAAGGGAUAAAAACCUCUCAGGCGCCGAUUCCGCCGAGUGCUGAGACUGCACUCAAUGGACUUAUGUUCGCUUUGAUCCGGACUCAGACAACUUUCGAAAAUAUUAUUCAAUGUCCAAAGCUGAGGCUGAUGUUUACUCAUGCACAACACGGCGAGAAUAUUAAAAAUUGUUCAAAGACCCUUCUUGAGAAGAUCAGUGCUCUUUCUCUCAUCCAGUUCAAAAUUUCAACCGAGAAAGAAGAGCAAAUAAAGCAACUCCAGUCCAAGUUGAACAUGCUUGAAAGGGAUGCUGUUCCCAACAAGGAUGAGCAUGACUUCGAAGCUGAGGUCACGGAGGUGCUGCGUGCCCACAAUACUGGAGUGCAUACUUCUUCAGCAGGAAGUGGCACAGUGAUGGAUCACUUACUCCAAUGGCUUGCCAAAAGGUUUGAUUCGGACGUGGAAACAGUGCGUAGGGAGUGGCAGGAAAUGAAGGAGGAAACCUUGUUUCUCAGACAGGAGAUAGAAUAUACAGUUGAAAACAAGCGGACAAUGGAAGAAGAGUUCUUACGGCAAGUUAUGGUUUAUAUCGAUAGAGAUCCUGUUCCAGGGCAAGCCUCUCAAUCUUCAUUUGCUGUGCCCGACUCUGGCUCCGGGGAAAGUUCUCAUGAAGCUCCGGAAGAGUUUCGUUGUCCUAUAUGCUACGAAAUGAUGGAGGAUCCGGUUGUUUGUGAAUCAGGACACACUUUCUGCAGGGAAUGUAUCACAAAGUGGUAUACCGAUUCCACAGGGAACAUCACGUGUCCUCUCACAAGGACCACGGUUGCAAACAAGUCCGUGCUUGAGAACAUCGCACUGCGUACUCUCAUCCAAAGGUGGAAGGAUACAGGGUCCAUAUAUUCAGAACCCAAUCCGAGGCAGCCCCCGCCCUUACCUCCACGAAAUCCGCCCACGUUACCCAGUAGUCAAGUGGUGAAUCUUAUAUAUUCGCUCCAUUCACAAAGAUCGGUUGAGAUCAGAAAAAGCUUGAAGGAAUUGACAUCUAUUGCCCAGCAUUCGAGCGGACAGUUGGAGAUUUACAUGGCCCAAGGAGUUCCUGUUGUUUCCGCGUUGCUCAAAUCAAAUGAACAUUUUAUCGUGGAGAAGGCUGCGGAUUUGCUCGAAGCUAUGACUUUUGAGGUGAAAGGAGAAGAUCAUGAACUGCUUAGUUACGAAGAUAGGGAACAGAUACGGACCGCCGUUGCCGAUUGUGCCCUCGAUUCUCUCAUCUUUAUCAUGGAUAAUGGAAGCCAACUUGCACGCGGGAAGGCUGCUGAGACUGUGGUCAACCUUCUUUCUGAUGAUGAGAUUCGGCAAGAAAUUAGUCGACGGAAGGGAGUCGUAACAGCCUUUUUUGGACUCACGAAUAUUGGCUCUGGAGUUUUUAACAGUGGAACACCUAUUUGUAUAAAAGGGUUUUCACUUCUGUGCGGUGAGAAGGGUAGUGGUUCAAUCGGGGACAGGGCUCUUAUAAAUUCCCUGAUCCGCCUGACUGGGCUGGUGGGAAACCCCCAAGUUGUAGAGGAAGCAUUCACAGCAUUAAGCUCACUGAUGGAGACGACGAAUCCGGUUGAUUGCAGUAAGUGGGUUGGAAGGAACUCAUUACUCUUCUUCGUUCAGUGUGUUACUCGUUCUCCUAAGCAAUCUUCGCUUGUGGGAAGUCAUCAUCCUGCUCAGUCAGGCAUGCUAACUAAUGUAGCGAAAACUGAAGUACUGAAGAUUCUCAAUGUGCUGUCUCUGGCUGAGGGCAUACCUAGUGCUCUCCUUGAGUCUCAGUUGGUUCCUCGUCUGCUACCCAGAGUCACUGAAUAUGAUGUUGGAGAAAGCUUUGUAGUACAAGCUAUCAAACUAUUGUGGAGGUGUAUAUUGAGCACCAAAGACACGUUCUUGCCGUCGUUCUUCCAGAUUGAUUUUCAGCUUGAAAUGACGGGCCUCGUGAAUAUUCUCAAACAGAACACUCCGGCGGACACGAAGCUCAAUUUAAUAUCAAUGUUGGGAUAUCUUUGCAAGGAGAACGAACCACUGAGAUUAUCUUUCUUCAGUGUUGGUGGAGUCGCGGCCUUGGAAAUUCUGGUCUACUCUCCAGUUGUUGUGGUACGGGAAGAAGUCGCGAGAUUGGUCAGACUUCUAGCUGACUUUCAUCCUUGCCAAAGAGAACUUCGAACAAGAGGAGCAGUAACGUUACUAUCGAAACUCUUAGCAGAUGAUCGUCUGGAAUGCAGAUGCCAAGCGGUGGUUGCUCUGUAUCGCCUCAUCAAACCUAACGACUGGGUGGUGCCGUUCGAAGAAAUGCCAUUUGAGCGACUAGUUGAUCUGCUUCAUCCAACUUACGCAUCUGUGUGUCGAGAGGCAGCUGUAGGCAUUCUGUCGAAUCCUCAAAGUUCUUUCGCUCUCAAAAGCUCGGACGCUGAUACUGAGAGGAAGAGAAUUGAACUUCUUCUCGACAUUGUUCGACACGAUCUAGGUGCAGAUGCUAAGAAAGGCGCUGCAGAACUUUUGAUAACUCAUGCGAUUGACGAUCAAAGUAAUUGCGCUGCCUUUGAAGCAGAAGGGUUACUCACAUUGACACAGUUCGGAAUGCAACAAGGAGGCCAAUUACGUGAUAAGGUGGUGCAGCUACUCAGUGCUUUCUCCCAGGAAAGCGAUGAAACCAGGCACUAUGUCUUGGAGGUUGGUGGAGUAGUCAUGCUUGUAGAUGCACUUGAGAGGGGAAAGAUGAAGUCAGAAGCAGUCAGAGGUCUCAGGUCCUUGGUCACGUAUAUACCCACCAGGGACUGUGCAAUUAGGGCAGGUUUCAUUGAGAAGGCGAUCCAUUCCAUUCAACGUGGUUCCGGGAGGACAGUCAGCAUUAAUUCAAUAGAAGCUCUCGAAGUCAUUUUAGAUAACAACAGGAAUGGUGCAGACAUCAUAAGAGAUCUGGGUGGAGUAGAAGCCCUUUAUCAUGUCUUGACUGGCGUUGAUUUGGACGAGAGAAAAGUAGCAGCGAGUGCUCUUGUGACCUUACUAAGGAGUGACGCUGAGUCACGACGUAUAUUCAUGGACGUUGCUCAUAUGAGCUGCUUCAAGACUCUGUUGAGAGAGCACGUCGGGGAAGCAGAACAAGAGGAUGUACUGGAGCUCUUAAACGUAGCUGUUGACAAUCUAGAGAACGCGAAAAUCCUUUUGAAGGAGGAUUACAUGCCGUUACUUGUCUCCACAUUAUCGAAAGCGUCCUCGGGGGUCGAGGAGCUGGUUCUUGAAGUUCUGCUGAAGCUAAGUCGCCAAGCUUUGAGGGAUAAGGACCCUCUUCUGUACAGUAGGUUUAUGUUGCUAAGCCUGCCAUGUCAGAUCUUUCGGGUGGUACACAGGGAGUCCACAUCAACUGAGGAGGCCGUUGAUUUUGCUGUCCGCAUCAUUCGAAACAUCAGCCUUUUUGGUCAUAGUGCAAGGGCAGUGUUGUUACAAGAGGGUGAAGGAGUGGUCAAAGUUCUGUUAGAAAGACUUAGGCGCCAUGAAGAUGAUGUUUCUUCACAGAUUGUACAAUUCGCUGUUGUUGCCUUAGAACGGUUUAUGUUGGAGGGGAAAGGUAGAUCGUCUUUGAUUGAAGCACAGGGUAUCCCACUUUUGCUCCGGAUUUUGUUCCAGCCAGGUACUCCUGGCCAAGCGAAAGGUUUUUUGGCCAGGAUUUUGGUGAUGGUCGCCGAAAAUGAUCAGUGUUCCAAGGAGGUGUGCAGUGCUAUAUAUGAAGUACCACAUGUUGUGCCCGGGCUCAAGGAUAUUCUACAAAACGAGUCUAGGAGCGACUGUAAAAGCCAAGCGGCAAUCCUUCUUAGAUACCUCAUUCAAGAUGGUCCACAGGCAGACGUUUGCAAGUCCAUACGUGAUAGUGGGUGUAUACCCAAGUUGAUGGACUUGAAAGCUGAUCCAGAUUGUGUCGAAGCUGCAUCAAGUGCGCUGGAGGCACUCCAUAAGUAUGAAAGAGACACUAAGAAGCAGAGCAACCGUUGGUUUAGGUCACCACGAAACUCUCAGUGACAAGUCCCUCUGACAUGGUUUUCAAUUCUCUGGAUCUUAAAAAUAGCUUCAACUCGACCAUGUAGUUGGUCAAGGUUACCAAAAGGAUAUGUUUGAGCUGAGUGAGAGAACUUCUUCUUACUUGUACUUUUUCUGUAGAUUCAACACUUGACUCUGCUAUCCUUUCCUUAAUCUGUACAGGGUAAGUAAGUUUUGGGCAGGAUAUCCCGAAGUUACGGGGCUAUUUUGCCGAGUUCUAUAGACCAGGUACUGCCCACUGUUUGCAGGCCAGGUUUAUUUGCAGUGUACAACUUCGUCUUUCCACGCUGUUAAUAUCAGUAGUAAACCUGCUGCUAUCUUCUUGAGACAGCCAGGAUUAUUUUGAGCGUGUCCAGCAUGGCAGAGAGUGAAAUGCUCGUUGUAAGCUUUUGGCACCUGAAGGCUGUUGAUGACCAGGUAAAUGAUAUGGCCUCAAUCAUAAUACUAGCUUUGAGGAUACUUGAAGUGGAUUGUUUAUCAAAAGUGAUAUGUGAUCAAACGAGAAAGUGUCCUGAAUUUCACGAACAUACACUUGAUAGUCGAAGUGGUAGGUAGAAGGUCCGUUGUAAAUACUUUCACACACAUAAUAAAGACAAAAAAACGUUACUACAC